UAAACGAAGCAGUGGGUGUUUUCGGGCGAACCAACACUCAAGGGAUGCCAGCGAUCGAGAGGCUGAAAGGCAGAGAAAAUUGGCGUACGUGGAAAUUCGCCGUACGCACAUACCUUGAAGUGGAAGACCUCUGGGAAGCGAUAGAACCAACCCCGAAAGAGGAUGGAACACCGGCUGAAGUAAACCCGCGAAAGGAUCGUAUCGCAAGAGGAAAAAUAAUCCUACUGAUAGAUCCGGUGAAUUACAUCCACAUUGGAGAUGUAAAAACAGCGGCAGAAGUUUGGAAAAAGUUAUCAAACACUUUCGAAGAUAGUGGUCUGACGCAGCAGUGGUCGCUGUUACAUAAAUUGAUAACCACAAAUCUAGCUAAUUGCGCUUCCAUGGAAGCGUACGUAACCCGCAGGAUUGAAACCGCACACCAGGUAAUUGGGAUAGGUUUCCCGUUAACCGAUAAAUGGAUAGGAAUGUUGUUGUUGGCCGGUCUACCUGACGAGUAUAGACCGAUGGUGAUGGGACUGGAGAUAACAGGCGAUUUCAUUAAAACGAAACUGCUCCAGGAAACCGAAUUAGUGAAAGCAGAACCGGCGUUAGAGGAAGCGAGCGGAAGCGAGACACGAGUACUUCAAGAAUCAACUGCAAGCCGUGAGAUCAGAACGUAACCCUCCGAAAAGGCUUCUAGAUUACAUUGUAGGUUUGUCCGCGAACGUGAUGGAACCAAAGACAUUGGAAGAAGCGUUAGAGUCGGCAGAAUCAUCACCAUGGAGAGCGGCCAUGGAUGAGGAAAUCAACUCUCACACGAAGAACGGAACCUGGGAGUUGACACACCUUCCACCAGGAAAGAAGGUAGUGGGGUGCCGAUGGGUGUUUAAG